AUGGAGUCUGCGAAUCCGCAGUUCAUUCAAGACCGCGUCGAUGAGAUCGAAAAUGAUCACGUUCCUAGAGACGUUAUUCGGCAAGUACGCGAAACGGAAAAUGUCUCGCGAUUAGAAGACAUGAAGACCAUACUUCAUGGGCAUAUGGAUGGGGUCAUCCCGUCAACGCUGGUGACAGAUGAACGGCGGCACACGCUGGAUUGGACAGGAUUAGGGGGAUAG